AUGAGUUCAUUCCACGGAAUUUUAUAUGCGUGCAAUCUUAAUUAAAGAAUUGCCCGCAUGCAUAUACGUGAAUACUUCUCCUGUAAAGUACAAAUACGCAGCCGCAGUCACAUGGUCGGAUGGUCCUAGCCGCCACAAACACCAAAUCCGCCUUACAUUAGUGCAUUUUGAUCGAGCAGGUUUAGGGUUUACUCAUUUUAAUCGUAGUGGCGUUUGUUGCUACCUUUGCAGAAAAAGAAAUCGGUUUCAGCUGUCUUUGCAUGCACUCUGGAGUCUGGAGUAGUCUUCUCCUGCAGCUGCAGUAUAAGAAAACCUGGCGUGCGAUGCCAAUUUCAUGCCAUCUCGUCAAGCAGUAACCUGAUUACCUGAAUACGUGUGCUAAUUAAUUAGCAAACAAAGAAAUCUCCUGCUCCAUCGAUCUGGUGCUGCAGAGGGAGAGGCUCGCCCGACCCGGGGAGAUCCAAGAGAGAUGGCCAUCGUGGGGCUCAUCCCGUUCGUGUGCGCGGCGAUCAGGAAGAAGCGGGGGUCGAAGGCGAGGGCGGACCGCUACGCGCGGUACGUGAGCGGCGCCGCGGCGCGCGUCGGGGAGUCCGGCGGCGGCGGAGGCGGCGCCUACCAGUCCCAGAGCUGCCGUUUCGCGGCGCGUGCUUCUGCUUCGCCGGUCUCGUCGUACGACUUCGACGGCGCUGCUAAUCGGUACGAGCGCCUGCUGGCCACGGCCCGGCGGGAGGACGCGCGCUUCGAAGGAGCCGGAGGGUACCAGUCCCAGAGCUGCCGGUUCGCCGUGCGCCCUUCUCCGGCCUACGGGCUCGGGUACUGGCUCGACGAAGACGGCGCCGGCGCAGCCAGCCCACCGCCGGAGGAUCCCUCGGGGAAGCUGCUGCUUUCGCCGGCCGGCAGGAACGAGCGCGGGCUGUCCAGAUCGCUGAGGUUCAGUAGCAUGCGCGUGUUCGCCCGCGUCGGUGGCGCGUAGCAACGCUGUUGCUUUCUGUCGAGCAGUUUGUGUGCGCUCUGCAGCGGCAGGUCGAUGAGAAGGCAGCGGCGGCGUCUCGGGCGGGCGCAGAAGUCGGGUGGGGGAGCAGGCUCUGGAGUCUGGUCGGGCUUUCGGAAUCUCGGCUCGGCUGGAUUGUUGGGCCUGAAGAAGCCCACCUACACUCAGCCUGGCCUGUGCGGGCCUAUACACGAAAUCCGUCGGAGUUAUUCUUAACCUGGUGAAGUGGUGAACGGGGCUCACCUCCCUUGGCCAGCGAAAAUACAAGACUACGAUUAUUUUCUCCCGUCCAACUUAUAAUAAGGCGGCAUGCUCUGCCUGGAACAUUGUCGAUGAGUUGAUCCCACGAGAAGAAUUGUCGCAUGCAGUGACGUAUACCUCAAGGCUUCACCUGUUUGUUUGAUUAACUAAUUAGCGCACGUUGGUGUCCAUUUAAGAGGUCGUGUUAUGCCACUGCAUUCAUGUGCAGGGCGCGCUCAUUUAUGUUGCAGUCUCAUGGUCACACACGAACGGUCCUCCUGCCUGCUGUUGAAAUUUGCAACCCACCGUGAUGCUUGCCAUUAAUGUUGAAAAUAAAAAAAUUAUCACAAUACAGUACUGUACUAGUACUCAAAAAAUCAUUCAUUCAGAGAUGUCGUUGGCCAGCGAAGAAGGCAUCUAGAGAUGAAUUAACAAAUGCACAAGUCAAACUCCAAUCUCCUGUAUUUCGGUAUAAGAAACCUGCCGAUGCCGAUCUCGUCGUGAGCAAGCACAGAAAACUGACCAAACCAAACAAGCAAAAAGGAAAAUCUCCGGCCUCUGCUGCUUCAGGCCCAGAGAUCGACAGAGGCAAUGGAGGGGAUCUUCCCGUUCGUCUGCGCGGCGUUCAGGAAGCGGAGGACGAAGACGGCGGACCGCUACGACUACGAGCGCCUCGUCGUCCCCGGCGCCGGCGACGCGCGGGCGCGCUUCGACGGCAACGGCGGCGGCCGCGGCGACUGCCUGCAGUCUCAGAGCUGCCGGUUCCCCGUCCGGCGUCCUCCGACCGACGGGCUCGAUUUCUCGCACGGCGGCGGCGACGACCGCCCGCCACCGGAGGAUCUCUCUGGGGAGCUGUCUCCGCCGGCUGGGCGGAGCGGGCGCGGCGGGCUGUCCAGGUCCUUGAGGUUCGGUAGCAUGCGCGUGCUCGCUUGUAUCGGUGGCCCGUAAGGAUUUGCCGCUGCUUUGCAUGUAGUAACAGAGAUUCGUGUUGCGAGAUUCUGUAGUUCUGGAGUCUGUUGGUCUGUACAGCGAUGGUUCGCUCGAGAAGAUUUGUUUUUUUUUGCUACAAACAGCAAA